AUGGAAAGAGUCAACAGCACAUCGUUGACUGAGUUCAUUCUCACAGGAAUUCCCUACCCACUCAGACUAAGGACAUUUCUGUUUGUGUUCUUUUUGCUAAUCUACAUCCUGACUCAGCUGGGAAACCUGCUCAUUCUAGUCACUGUCUGGGUAGACCCGCAGCUCCAUGCCCGUCCCAUGUACAUCUUUCUUGGUGUUCUCUCCGUCAUUGACAUGGGCAUCUCUACCAUCAUUGUCCCCCGCCUCAUGGUGAACUUCACUCUAGGCAUCAAACCCAUCUCCUUUGGCGGCUGUGUUGCUCAACUCUAUUUCUAUCACUUUUUGGGCAGCACCCAGUGCUUCCUCUAUACCCUGAUGGCCUACGAUAGGUACCUGGCAAUAUGCCAACCCCUGCGCUACCAUAUUCUCAUGAAUGCUAAGUUGAGUACCUUGCUUGUGACUGGAGCUUGGGUGGCAGGAUCCAUCCAUGGGGCCCUCCAGGCUAUCCUAACCUUCCGUCUGCCCUACUGUGGGCCAAACCAGGUAGAUUACUUCUUCUGUGACAUCCCUGUGGUUUUGAGGCUAGCCUGUACUGAUACAACAGUCAACGAGCAGGUGACCUUUGUGGACAUUGGGGUGGUGGUUGCCACUUGUUUCUCCCUGAUCCUCCUCUCCUAUGUACAGAUCACUCAGGCCAUCCUGAGAAUCCGCACAACUGAUGGGCGGCGCCGAGCCUUUUCAACCUGUGGGGCGCACGUAACCGUGGUAACCGUGUACUAUGUGCCCUGUGCCUUCAUCUACCUGAGGCCUGAAACCAACAGCCCCCUGGAUGGGGCAGCUGCCUUAUUUCCCACAGCUAUCACUCCUUUCCUCAACCCCCUCAUCUACACUCUGCGGAACCAAGAGGUAAAGCUGGCCCUGAAGAGAAUGAUAGGAGGCCCUGGGACUAAGAGUGAGGUUUGAAAGUGUCUGUCCCCCACUGGUGAAACCUUCAGUUUAUCCUAAUGCUUACAUUUCAGUGAGGUUUUCUUUAUUAUUAUUUUUCUCUUUUAUGUAGCCAUAUAAUAUCAAUACAAUAAGAUCAAACACAGUUUUAAGUAAAAUACCACUUUCUAGCAGUUCCUUGGUAUCCCCGUCAGACAAACAACCUCAGCUACUCCAACAGUAGAAAGUGAGACUAAAGUCACUCAA